UCGCGCCGAGAAGGAGCGUCGUGUUCGUCGUGUGUGGGCGCCGUGCGCGUGCGCGUUUGCGCGUCUCCUGGUUUAGUUGUCUCGCCGUCCGCGCGGGGCGCCCCCCGGUCUGUGCUCGCGUCUCUCCCCUUCGCUUACCUCGCUGUUGUUUACCUCGCGCCGGAGCUCCGCCACGGCAACCGACGGGAAUAUUUGAAUUGGAAAGGUUAUUAAUUGAAUCAUAGAUCUGGAUUGCCAUCCAAAUCGGAUGACUGAAGAUCCAAUUCAAAGAACAUAAUGACCUCCAAGUUUGGCGCAAGAAACCUUAAAAUGUUCGUGGAGGAAAGACACUUUAAAUGAAAGAACAAAUGUUUUAUUGCCAAAAUUACAGAAAAAUAUCAAAAAAUUAAUUUAAAUUUUUUUUGCAAUCAUAUUACAGAUGGCUUGAGAUAUUGGUAGUAUUAUUAAUAUGUUAAUAAAAAAAUAUCAUACAUUUUUCAUAUUUUAAAUGAAGACUUAAGUAGAAACUGAACGAAGUUUAUAUGUGUUUUUCGUGAUAGUACACUAAAGUUAAACAAAGCAAGAGAUGCAUUAUGUGCGGGAGUUACUUAAAUGGUUUUGAAAAUCCAAUAAAAAGUAAAUUUCAAAAUUAAAAAUUAAAUUUUAGUGUGGGUGUUGAGUGGUGGCGUUGAAGAAGAUAAAUACAGUAUUAUUAUUUCCUGACGAGCACGUCGAGUGAAAGUCCCUUCAGAUAUAAAUAGACAGAGUUCCUGCUUAGCGGGCAAACCGGUAGCCGCCGGUCGCCAGCAGGUCCGAGCAAGUCGCAGCAUGUUGGGACCUGUCCGCGCGUGUCCGAACCUGCUCCGGGCCAUGCUGCUGCUGGCGGUCCCGGCGGUCGGCGCCAACUCGUCGCGCGCGUGGCGCGUGCUGCCCAUCGAGGACUGCGGCGGCAACGCGACCAACUCCUCGGGCGAAGGGGUUUCGUGCCUGGAGCACGCGCCCUCCCUCACGUCCUCCUCCGCGACCAAGGCCGCGGUGCUGGCGGUGCUGGCGUUUCUGUCGCUCGUCGGCAACGCGUGGACCAUCUGGAGCAUCCAGCGGGAGGGUCGCGCGGUGGCCAGGCGCCACGUGGGCGCGGUGUACGCACUCAUCCUGCACCUCUCGGUCGCCGACCUGCUGGUGUCGGUGUGCUGCCUGGGCGGCGAGGCGGCCUGGAGCUACACCGUGCAGUGGCUGGCGGGAGACGCCGCCUGCAAGCUCUUCAAGUUCCUGCAGAUGUUCAGCCUGUACCUCAGCACCUUCGUGCUGGUGCUGAUCGGUGUGGACCGGUUCGUCGUCGUGCGCUACCCCAUGAAGUCGCUCGGCACAUCGGGCCGGCUCAACAAGGCCAUCGUCUUCUCCUGGGCGCUCAGCUUCCUGCUCAGCACCCCACAGCUGGUGAUCUUCCGCGUGAUGAAGGGCCCGUUCUACGAGGACUUCGAGCAGUGCGUGACGUACGGCUUCUACACGGAGCCGUGGCAGGAGUACGUGUACGCCGCAUUCAGCCUGCUGUUCAUGUUCGUGCUGCCGCUGCUGGUGCUGCUGGCCACCUACGUGUGCACCGUGGCCACCAUCGCGAGGAGCGAGAAGGUGUUCCGCGCCGAGGUGGCGGCUGGCGGCAGCGCUGUCGCCUCGGAGCUCAACCGCAAGCGGCUCAUCCACCGCGCCAAGAUGAAGUCCAUGCGCAUCUCCGUGGUGAUCGUGGCCACAUUCAUCGUGUGGUGGACGCCCUACUACACCAUGAUGAUAGUGCUCAUCUUCCUCAGCCCCGACAAGCAGUUCAGCGAGGAGUUGAAGAACGGCAUCUUCUUCUUCGGCAUGUCCAACAGCCUGGUGAACCCUCUGAUAUACGGUGCCUUCCACCUGUGGCGGCCCAAGAGGAGGAAGGGAGGCAGCAACAGCAUGUACUACUACAGGUGGACGUCCAAGCCAGUCCAUGUCUACCGGCUGUGGCCAACCCGCCUUAUACCGGGUCGAGACGGCUCCGUUCAGCAGCAGCAGCGCAGCCUGGUUGCAACUAACUCCACCAGGCGACCGAGAGGUAGCAGCACCAGUCUGCUGAUAUCGACGCCCAAAGAGAGGGCGGUGGGCGUUCGCGCGCAAGACAAGCAGACUUUGCUUACGAAGCCGGCUGCCGCAAGAAAUGGCUUCGAUGCGUAAAUCAUUAAAAUUAAAGUGCAACUUUGAAUUAUUCUUUUCAUAUACUUCUGAAACAACGGAAUCAAUAUCAAAGCAGUGAUCAAAGAUGAACUCUCAUUUUUGUUUCAGCCAAUGGGACCUGACGUUUAAAACCACACGUCAGUUAGUUACUAAAAUAUUAUUAUUCGCAUAGAAUGAAUAAGUUCGAAGACUAUUGUUUAAUUGUUAGGGUCCAAAACAUUGCUUAAAAGACUUUUCUCUAGCAAGUUGGAGAAACAUUUUGUGAAGUUGUUGAGUUAUCUUCGGAAAUAGAUGGUACUAUCUGAAUCUAACGCGUGGACGUAGAGAUUGUAAUAGAAUCCAUUAUCGAACUCCUAAAAGAUACUUAAUUUAGUUGCCUUAUUGUUUUAUCACCAACGCAUCGAGCACCAAGUCUCACGUUUGUAAAAUGAAGUUUAUUUAAAUAAUUCUAAAGAGAUUUAUUCCAAGCCAUGUGAAUAAAAUCAAAAUAAUUUGUAUACCUAUUUCAAGCGGCACCACGUGUGUGGGAUACUUGCAAAAUAUUGUAUACAUAUUAUUUUUACCAUAAAAGAUAAUAUGAUUUGAUAAAGCGAAUUUAUAGUACCUAUUCUCAAAAUAGUAUAAAAUUGUGAUAAAGCACUUAAAUUGUUAAAUUAUAAUGUCAAUGAACACUUCAAUUUUAUUCACAAAGUCUUAAAAUUGGCAUGAAAUUAGUAAACAUUUAUUUAGAAUAUUCAUCCAGUACACACACACAGAAACCAAAUAUAAUGUGAGACAUGAUUAAUUAAGGGCAUUUUUAUAUGAGUAUUUCAUAUUAAAAAUGUCGUUAUUAUGUGCAAUGUACUUAAUUCACGCUUAUGUGAGGCUUUUUCCCACAAAUUUAAUUGAAAAAGAUUUUUUAAUAAUUAAAGACAGUUUUUUAUUUAAAUUUAUUACGAGUAUUAUAGAGAGUUAUUUUACAUUUACGAGUAACAAAAAUUAUUCCAUAUAGGAACAUAAAUAAUGUGAAAGAUUAAAAAAAAUUAAUUUUUUAUGAUAAAUGGAUAUUCCUAUUCUCUUAACCCCAAUUUUAACGUACAAAUUUUUUCCUUCUAAAAAUAUAAUCUAAAAACUCAUAGAAUAUUAUUUACUACAUAGCAUUAAUAAUACGCUAAUGAAAAUUGAUUGAACUUUAUCACGUUUCCGUUUCUUUGUGUUUGUUUGUUUUUAUCUGUAAUAUGUAUCUAUCUUUUGAGUGAUUUUGUGAAGGAAAUGUCAAAAAUAUUUCCAAAUAGUUAAAAAUAAACUUUAAUUCACUAAAAAAAAUUGUAAUUGUGAUGUUCUUGUCUUGAAAUUAAAACUUUUUUCUUUUGUCCCACAUUUAAUAUUUUUUUACUGCCUAUGCAGGUUUUAAUCUUUAAUAAACUAUGUUUUUUUAAAACUAAAGAAGUAAACGUAGUGGUUAAACUUAGAAUCGAAGGAAAACACGGGAGAAUAUUUGUAUCAUCACCAAUAGAAAAAAAUAUGUUUUUUGAUUUUUCAUACAUUAUGCCGUUAAAAGUAUUUCAAUGUGAGCAUGAUCAAAAAAUUUUAGGUUAUGGAAGUUGUUAUAAACGUACAAAUUGUUAUGUAAAUAAAAUAUAUUAUGCU